AUGGCCCUGCUGCUCCUGAUGCUGGUGGCAGGAGACAACAAUACCACCAUAAGUCCAGUGGCUAAUGGAGACAUCAGCUUCCAGCAAGCUGAACUCUCACUCUGGCACAUCAUACUGACUGAAGUGAUUGCCUUCCUCCUUCAAGCCGUUCUCCUCUUAAUCCUAUACAUUUUACUCCGAAGGCAAAUAGCCAACUACUAUGGCCAAAUGGUGAAAGUUGCAAGCGCCCAGGCCCAGGCCCAGGCCCAGGCCCAGGCACCAAAGAAGCCAGAAGGCAAUUGUGAUCCACCUGCCUUGGAAAAGAGAAAGUCUAAGAGGAAUGUUCCAGGUCCUGCCCUGGCCUGUAGGGAUGACAGUGACAGUGACAGCGAUUCCUCCUCAGAUAGCUCUGACAGUUCAGAAAGCUAUCCUCCAGCUUCCAUCAGUGAGGCACCCAAGGAUAUGAAUUACAGCACCCUGGUCUUUCCACCCACUGUUUCCCAAAAGCUUUUGUCUCCUGCAGACUAUGAGAAUAUAAAGGCAGCUGGGGAUUAUGUCAAUGUAAACCCCAAGAAUUGUACCAAUAAUGCCUGGAAUUUCAAUUGCUCCUUCUCCUCUGAGCCAGUGGAGUACACAGAAGUAGCUAUGUGA